AUGGGUGUUCCUCGGCAGCAAGAAGUUCGCAUUCACAAUCCAACAGCAUCAACAACGGUGAAUCCUGGCGACGCAACCACAUUUAGUGUUGUUUUUUUGCCCCGACAGGAGGGCACGAUUGAAAAUGUCCUCUUCGUUCAUUCAUCUUUGGGCACAUUCACUUAUUCGGUGAGGGGGAAAGGAACGGGUAGCGCCUAUCGAAUACGUCCAUUAGUUGGUGGAAAAUUACCGGUGAAUGGUACACUGAUAUCACCGGUGCAGUUGCACAAUCCACAUCCAACAACAUUGCGUGUCACCGAAAUCUACACCAGUGGUGGUGAUUUGCACCUGGAAUUACCGCAAAUCGGAUCCCAAACACAACAUUCUGCCACUUUAUGGGUAAGUUUGUGA